UUUUUCUCAUUAUUAUAUUUAUUUAUUUUUCUCUCUGCUUUUUUUCAUUCUUCGUUCUCCAACUCUCGCUCUUCGACCUCGACGGCGUCUCUGUAUAAUCGGAUCUGAAAAACUCGAUCUCGUUUUCCGAUCAUCGGAAACCGAUUCCGAUUCCGAUUUUAACAUUAUCGUUUCAUCUUAAAUCUAAAUCUCAAUAGAUCUCGAAAAUCGAAAUCGGAAAAUUGUUGUUGUAACCCUAAUUUAAUCACUGACCUAAUAUUUUUUCUCGCUAUUUCGAUAUUCGGAACCGAUUUGAUUUACGGUUUACGGUUUCAGUAGUUGAAAAGUUGAAUUGUUGUUGUUGUUGUGAAUUUGUAUUCUGUUUUUUAUUAAUGGUUUUUGGAUCGUUUUUGGAUUGUGAUAAUUUGAAAAACUUGGAGGAGAUGGGGAAAGAGGUUGUUGAAGAUGUGGAAGAGGGUGAGAUUUCUGAUACUGCUUCGGUUGAGGAGAUUAGUGAAGAGGAUUUUAAGAAACAGGAUGUUAUUAAAGUGAAUGGUAGUAAUAGUGAUAAGGCUACUAGUGGUGGCGGUGUUGGUGGUGGCGGUGGUGGUAAAUCUAGGGUUUUGGCUGUUCAGGAUUUGUAUUCGAAGUAUCCGACUAUAUCGCGAGGUUAUGCUGCGGGGUUGUAUAAUCUUGCUUGGGCGCAGGCGGUUCAGAAUAAGCCUUUGAAUGAUAUUUUUGUUAUGGAACUUGAUGGUGUUUCCAAAGAAACUAAUGCUAAUAGUAAUAAUAGCAGUGAUAAUAAGGAUGAUUUGAGUACGUUGAAUGAGGUUAUUGUGGUGGAUGAUGAUGAUAAAGAGGAAGGGGAGUUGGAGGAGGGUGAGAUUGAUGGUGAUGAUGAUGAUAUGGAUUGUGUUAUGCUGGGUGGUGAUGCUUCGGAGACUAUUUUUGAUUCGGAGGUGAUUGAUGUUAGGGAUGUUUUGGAGAGUAUUACUGUUGCUAAUGUGGCAGAAUCGUUUGCUGAAAGUUGUACUAGGCUUCAGAGUGCCUUGCAGAGCAAAAUGUUCGCGGGUUCUGAAAAAGAUGUUCUUGUUCCUUUGUUAUUUAAUGCAGUUAAAGUGAUUUAUUCUGUGUUCUGCUCUAUGGAAUAUUUGCAAAAGGAAGAGAAUAAGGAUAACUUAUUAAGAUUGCUUUCUUCUCUGAAGAAUGAGCAUGCUCAUUUAUUUACUCAAGAGCAUAAUAAAGAGGUUCAGGCCAUGAUUACUUCGAUUGUUUCUGUUGAUGCUCUGGGCAAUAGUCAGGUUAUUGACAAGGAGGGAAAAUUGGAGGCCUUUGAUAAGACUCAGCAACUUCUAGGUUUACAAGCCAGUGGAUUGAUAUCUUCUAGUAUGCUUGUCCAUGAUAGCUCAGCCUUUGCAUCCGAAACCUUGUUUUAUGGACAAAAUAAUUUUAAAGGCCCUAUGCUCCCACUGUUUGACCUACACAAGGAUCAUGAUUUAGAUAGUUUACCGUCACCCACGCGAGAAGCUCCGUCCUGCUUUCCUGUGAAUAAAUUGUUUUCGGUUGGAGAUGGAAUGGAUAGAUUUGGGGUUCCUCUUGCCUCUAAGACAGAGCCUGAGAGGAUGGAGCUGGAUGGUAAGGAUUCCAAGUUUCACAUCUAUGAAAAUGAUGCUCUGAAAGCUUUUUCCACAUAUCAACAAAAGUUUAAUCAAAGUUCCUUUUUUACGGAUGAUAAGUUUCCAAGUCCAACUCCUUCAGGUGACUGUGAGGAAGGGGUUGUUGAUACCAAUGGUGAGGUUUCUAGUGCUUCUAUAGCUGCUUCGCUAACAAGUUCUAAGUCAUCUCCCUUGGAUCAGAUGCCUGUUUCUUCUACUUCUACUUCCAUCAAUCGGUCUUCAACAAAGAGUAGAGAUCCUAGGCUUCGUUUCAUUAAUUCUGAUACUUUAGAUGUUAACCAACCUUUAGGGACAAAUAAUAUGCCUAAAGUGGAAUAUGCUGGAAGUAUAAUCUCAAGAAAGCAAAAGGCUGUCGAAGAACCUUCUUUGGAUGCCAGCCCUCCCAAAAGACUUAGAAGGUCUUUGGAAAAUUCCCAGCACAAUACCAGAGAGGAAAGAACUAUGGAUGGAAAAGGUGGUUGGUUGGAAGAAAAUACAUUGGUUGGAUCUCAGUUGAUUGAACGGAACCAUUUAAUUCAAAAAGGGGAAACUGAACUCAAAAGGACUGUGAGCACUAGUUCUAGUAAUUUGACCAUGACAAGUAGUGGAAAUGAGCAGACACCUAUUACAAGCGGCAGCACCGCAGCUUCACUACCCGCGUUAUUGAAAAACAUAGCUGUAAAUCCAACCAUGUUACUGAAUAUACUUUUAGAACAACAGCAGAGAUUAGCAGCAGAAGCCCAAACGAAGCCUGUUGAUUAUGCUACAAGUACACUGCAUUUAAUAAACUCAAAUUCAACAAGGGGAACAGACGCAACUGUGAAUACAGGUCCAACAAUGACUGCUGGUCUUCCUCAAAGUUCUGUUGGAAUGCUUCCAACUUCAUCACCGGCAACUUCCAUGGCACCAGUCCUACAAGUCGAUCCUGGAAAGAGUCGCAUGAAACCCCGCGAUCCACGCCGCAUUCUCCAUGGGAGUAGUACUCUCCAGAAGGGUGGGAGUUUGGGGAGUGAACAAUCCAAAACAAUUGUAUCCCCUAUGCCUAAUAACCAGGGAACAGAUUUGAUAUCUCCGUCAAUCGCACAACCUGAUAUUACUCGGCAAUUUACCAAGAAUCUGAAAAACAUUGCUGAUAUUAUGUCUGUUCCCCAAGAAUCAUCAACUCAACCUCCUGCUACUCAGAAUGUUUCUUCUGCAUCUGUCCCCUUUACAUCAGAUAGAGCUGAGCAGAAAUAUGUUCUACCCGACCCUCAGAACCUGAAAGGUGGCGUAGAAUCAGCUCCUGAAACAUGCACAUCAGGUUCCCCUCAACCUCAGAAUACAUGGGCUGAUGUUGAGCACCUUUUUGAAGGUUAUGAUGAGAAGCAGAAAGCUGCUAUACAAAGAGAGAGAUCUAGGAGGCUUGAAGAACAGAAUAAAAUGUUUGCUGCUAGAAAGCUGUGCCUUGUAUUGGACCUAGACCAUACACUUCUUAAUUCUGCCAAGUUUAUGGAAGUUGAUCCUGUGCAUGAUGAGAUAUUGAGAAAGAAAGAAGAACAAGAUCGCGAGAAGCCUCACAGGCAUCUUUUUCGUUUUCCUCAUAUGGGAAUGUGGACUAAACUCAGGCCAGGAGUCUGGAACUUCCUGGAGAAGGCUAGUAAGCUCUUUGAGAUGCAUCUUUACACUAUGGGAAACAAGCUAUAUGCAACAGAAAUGGCAAAGGUGCUUGAUCCAAAGGGAGUAUUGUUUGCUGGUAGAGUUAUCUCUAGAGGUGAUGAUACUGAAACAGUUGACGGUGACGAGAGAGCGCCUAAAAGCAAAGAUUUGGAAGGCGUUUUGGGUAUGGAAUCAUCUGUUGUAAUUAUAGAUGAUUCUGUGAGAGUCUGGCCUCAUAACAAACUGAACCUUAUAGUGGUGGAAAGGUACACAUACUUCCCUUGUAGCAGACGUCAAUUUGGGCUUCCUGGCCCUUCACUUCUUGAGAUUGACCACGAUGAGAGACCUGAUACUGGAAGUCUGGCAUCCUCUUUGGGGGUUAUCGAGAGAAUACACCAAAACUUUUUUGCUUCUCAAUCCUUAGAAGAAGUGGAUGUCAGAAAUAUCCUAGCUUCAGAGCAGAGGAAAAUCUUGGAUGGUUGUCGAAUAGUAUUUAGUAGGGUGUUUCCUGUUGGCGAAGCCAAUCCCCACCAUCACCCAUUGUGGCAGACAGCUGAACAAUUUGGCGCUUCUUGCACAAACCAAGUUGAUGAUCAGGUUACUCAUGUAGUUGCUAAUUCCCUUGGGACUGAUAAGGUGAAUUGGGCUAUUUGCAAUGGGAAAUUUGUAGUCCAUCCUAGCUGGGUUGAAGCAUCAGCAUUGCUUUAUAGGAGGGCGAAUGAGCAAGAGUUUCUCAUUAAACCAGAAAAAUGACCCCCAGCCCUUGGUAAACUAAAAUAUAUGAAAUAUAAAUCAAGAAUCACAUUGAUUCCGGGUGCGUGAAUUCAUUAGGUCAAAUCUGGUCAGGGGACAAUUUUAAAUUGUGACCCCUAUCCAUUGGAGGCGGUUAUUGACGAGUGUGUUAUUUCUUUGACUGGCCGGAAGCUGAGGAGUUAAUGGAGGAUUGUAUAAAUGCCCUUUGGGAUUUUGCUACUGGUUUUGGAACUAGGGUGGGUGAUAUUGUGGAGUUGACAUAUGUGAAACCGGUGAAAAUGGGAUGGUGACAGGAGGGAAAUACUUUCGCUGACUGUAAAAUUAAAGGCCUCUGAAUGAGUGUUAAAAUAUGUGGAAUAAUUCUGACUAAACCUAAUUUAGGGAAAACAAAUCCUUGAUUAGUGAUUGAGUCUAAGGAGAUGAGGGCACUAGAGUUGGGAUUUUUCAGAGGAUGGAUAGUUGGCCCAGCAAAAUGAAUCUCUUAUAAAGGAAUUUGUAUAUCAAAGAUGUAACUGCCUAAAGCAUUUUAGGAGGAUUGAAAUAAUCACCAUUCCCUCCCAUAAAACAAAUAAAGUCGGGCAGGGAGGUAGAGGAUAGAACAAGAUAGAAAAUGCGUCUAAAGUCUAACUAUGAAUUGUAGUCAAGGGUCAUAUUUAUCCAUUGAAAAAUUGCUCCAACCUUCAAUUUAUGCCUCAACAAAUCCCAAUUGGAAAAUUUUGAAAAAUUGUAAAAACAUCAUUCAUUUAUGUUAUUCUUGCUGAGAUCC